GUCCGAGAUUUGGGAAUUAAUGGCACUAGCGCUACACGUCCACGCGCCAGUGGUUACACAAAUGUAGCCCACUGCCCCGAGUCGCUAAGUUUGUCAUGAUCCAAUCGGCGGCCCAUAUCAACAUGGCUGGGGAAUAUGAACCUGCAAACAAAUUCAAUGUUGCUGGGUAACAGGAUAAAUUUCGGUCCUUCUGCGUGUUUACUUCCCACUGCUAGUGGACACUAGCUGCCUGUCGAGGAUGAGAGCAUUCGCACCACUGGCAGGUGUAUUGCUUGCCACACUCUCCAGUGCUCAGGUGCUUGUCGAUUUUCAAGUCGCUGAACCGCCUCCAGCUCCAAACAGCGGGCAACAAUGCACGAUGAUGAUUCUGGAGCGUACAUUUGGGAACUCAUACGGAGAUCCAGAGAUCGUCGAGUACAGUCCGCCAACAGAUUGUGGGGCGGUCGGUUCCUGGGCAGCAGUAACACUCAACUUUACAGUGACAUCAAACGGGACCCAGUAUGACCGCCUUGGAAUCUUCACGUUUCAAAACACGGAAAUCUGGCGCACUUCGACUCCAGAGCCGACCACAGACGGUAUCAUUUGGACUUACACGAAAGACGUUACUCGCUACAUUCCCUUGUUCAAUAAAUCCGGAACUUUCAUUCUCGAGAUUGAUAACAUCGUCACGUCUGCUGAUACUGGGCAAUAUGCGACUACACUUUAUGCAACGUUCUAUGCAUCGUCUGGUGAAUAUCCUACUGCUGGACAAUCCAACAUGAUUGUGCCGAUAUCGACGAUGCUAAACAACACUGGCAACGAGGCUUCAGUCCCACCAGCAUUUUCUCUCAACGUAACGCUCCCGCAAAACACUGUUGAGAUUUAUGCCGAGCUCUAUGCGUCCGGCAAUGGAGACGAGGAAUUCUGGUACUUCAACGCAGCCGAUGAAUACUUCGGAUAUCUUCCACCUGGCACAACAUUCGGUGGAGGCCCUUUCCGCGAGGUUCGGCUCCUCGUGGAUGGUCAAGUUGCUGGUGUGGCCUUUCCAUAUGCUGUCAUUUUCACAGGCGGCAUAAACCCCGUGGUCUGGAGGCCCAUCACAUCAUAUGGUGCAAUUGAUCUUCCCACCUACUUCCUUGAUCUCACACCAUUUGCGCCGGUGUUCGCCGACGGCCUUCCCCAUAAUGUGACUUUGGACGUCGCCUCCGCUGAAACAAACCACACUCUCAACCAGAAUUGGUACGUUUCUGGACUCUUACAGGUUGUCACGGACCCGUCGGGCAAACGAACGACAGGCAGCAUCACGACAUAUGAUGUUCAACCCUAUGCAAUAACGGAGACAACAGCGAGCAUCGGUGGCACAGAUGUCAAUAUCACGGUCAAGGCUCAGCGCUCCCUCAAAAUUGAGUCUACCAUUGUUAGCGGUAGUGGGACGACAAACAAUGUCGUUUUCCAACAGAGCAUGGACUUUACAAACACGCAAUAUUAUCUCAAUGAUUCCAAUACCCAGAACGUCGCACAGAUAUCCUCCGGCUCAGUCAUCUCGACUCAUAACGGAGUCUCAGUUCUUACCGAUAACUUUGAUUACCCCCUGUACAUCAACACCACAAGCCUGGUUGAUAAUGAUACCGAGAUAUAUUAUACCACAUUCGAUCACUCGUAUAACCGUCAGCUUGUCCCUGCACCUUUCAUCUUGGGAUCCGACAUCAGUGAGCGCCAACAGACAGGUACAAUAUCUUUUUCUACGGGGAACAUGUACUCAACCGUAUUCUAGCGGGUUACCUCAUCAUCUUGAAUUCGGAAAUCGUUGCUGGGAAUGGGACCAGCAAUAACACAUUUUCGUAUAUUGACACCAAGGGCAACACAUAUGCUAGGGAUGUAAACGCUGCACAUAAUGUGAUCACCUAUGACGAGCAGAGCGGCAGUCUUGCAACCACUUCCCUAGCCACGUUCCCUUCGGCCUCUUACGCACAGUCCAUUCCCAGUGCAAGA